CACAGCUUCACACCAGCUGUUUGUUUGCUAAGUUCUUAAUUAUUAUUAUUUUCCUCUUUAGUUUUUCUUUUGUUUGCAUUAAUUAUGUUCCUUUGGCAUUAUUUGAGCCUUUUGUGCCUUGGUUUCGCCGCAAACGAGGCGAAAUCCAUCAAAAAGUCGCAUGUUAGUCUGUUGGAGCCGACAUUUGAUCUGGACGAGAGACUGGGAAAGAUGGGGAUGUCCCCACCCGACAUUUCCAAUGAUGUGCAACGUGUGCAGGUCCCAUCGAGUGAUGCACCUGGAAAAGAUGACUGGAAGGGCAAGUGGUUCCCCCAUGCCCCGGGAGAUCCGGAGGAUAAGAAGCAGUCUGUGGAAAAGACGACCACGGAGGCAGUUACUCUACUGGAUUCCACAACAAAGGAUAGUUGGCAGGGCAAGUGGUUUCCCCAAGCCCCUGGGGAACCGCACCUGAUCAAGAUGUCCCCUCAGGACAGGAACAAGUCGGAUGAGUCCACAUUGAAGGGCAAGGUGAUUCCGUCCACGACCGAAAAACCCCAUGUGAUACGGAAGAAACCGCUGGACGGAAAGAACACGGAGGAAACUGAGGAGAAAAGUACCACGGAGGACGUAAAGAUACAGGAUAAUUGGCAGGGAAAGUGGUUUCCUCAGGGUCCCAACGAACCACACAAAUAUAAACCAUUCAUUUGCGAUGAUGGCAAGAGCAACCUUGCCGUGGAUUUCGAUCCAAAUGACAUCCGUGAUAGCCUGAAUUACCUGUGCAUCAGCAGCAAUCGCAGUGUGUACCAGCCGAACUUGACCAGAGAAGCCAUCCUCACGGAGCACUUCCUGCCCAGCGCCUAUUUGCCACCAGCCAAGUGCCUGAGUGAAAAUAUUAGUUAUUCCCACCUGCCAGUCACCAAUGGUCCAUAUCGUCCAUUGCCUGCUGAAUAUGGAUCCUAUUCCUACCUGCCACCCCAGCGAUACCUUCGUAACCUGGCAGAAGGUGCCAUAGUGAUGCUCUAUCAUCCCUGCGCUUUUCCAAGCCAAGUGAAGCAACUGCAGGACAUCCUGGGCGGCUGCCUGUAUCGCCAUUUGAUCUCACCCUCGCAGGCCCUCAAUCCGGAGCGUCCUCUGGCCCUGCUCGCCUGGAGCCGCAGCCUGGAGAUGUCCGUCGUGGACCAGCGAUUGGCGGUGGACUUCAUCCAGAAACACGCCAAGCAGGGACCACUUGCUCCGGAGGAACUGUCGCGGGUGGUGGAAAAAAGGGAAACCUACAAGGAGGGACUACUCACGGAGGCCCACUUGGUUACCACGGCGGAUGACUACGAGCUGUGCGGUUACCUGCAGGAGGGAAUGUAGGGAGAACAUGUUGACUAUUUGUUUUAAAUACAAUUCGAAUAAUUUGCCAAUUAUGUUCAUUUUUAUCUGCGUUCUGUGAUAGUUAAAGUUUUCAUUUAUAAAUUCCCAAAGUAUUUAUUUUUAUUCAUGAUCCGAACGCAAACGGUCAAGAUUUUUUUUCUUUACGAAUUCUUGCUCAUUACCGUAUUAAUAAGUUUAAAAAUUAUAUUUAUUGUUAAAAUGGGA